UCAAAUCCGAUAAAAAUCAUAACACAAAUAUCUGACCAUGUCCGCCUUCUGAUGUCCCCACCCAACAUCGACGGUACGUACUGCGUGCGUCCUUCGAGCCCCACCUCCUCAUUUCCACCCAUAACCAUAUCAAUCCAUCAUUAUCACGCGCAUUCUCGUUUGCCAGCCGAUACGCUUACUUUUGUUUCAAAAUCAAUUCGACUUUCUCUAGAGUUUUUUCUUCUUCUUCUGAACAAAGGGUCGUUACUUCCUUAGAAGCAAAUCUUUCCUUCCGGCGAGCGAGCCUUCGGAAUGGGAUUAGGGUUUUUGUCGUUCGGUCAAUGGUGGUGAUGCUUUGUAUACUAUACGCAGUUGAAGCGAGGUUACCUAAUUGGUUAGCUAAUUGAUUAUCUAGGGUUUGGGUUUUGAGAUAAUGGCCGAAACUUCCAGGGACAGAGUCACCAUUACUCUGGGGCGUAGUGGCCAGGUAAUAAAGAGGGCUGGUCAAGUAUCAAAUUCCUAUGCUGAUUCUCUGCCUGCGGCUGGUGCUAAGCGGUCUGUAAGAGAUAGAUUAGGAAGUAAUGUAGAUGGUUCCUUUUUGAAUGGAAGCGUGCUUAGCAACAAACGACGACGGGGAGAUAUUAGCAUGCCGAGUUUGAGUGCUAAUGGUUUAAAUGGUAAUGUACGCAUUGGUAGAGAUGACCUCCGAUUUAAACUCAUGCAAAAAAAUGCAUCUAGAAGAGCUCAGGGUGACAAUGAUCAGAAGGGCGCUGACCUACGCGAGAAGUUGUCUAGGACCAGUCGGCGCUCGGUAACUACUCUUGAUUCAAGGCAGUGCCUUGCAGAACCAAAAGACACAGGUUUCUUGGGGCGAAUUCCUUCUACAAGAAGAUCAGGUUUGCCUCGGAUGGACUCAGCGAGAACUUCUUACUCGACAUGGACUUUGGAUCAUUUGAGAAAAAGAUCACCUGAUAGAGCUCUAGGUAUAGGCAGUUCUAGGGGUCUCUCCCCACCUAGGAACAUGGAAGAACAGCAUAGAAGGCCAUUGAACAGGACAGCUGAUGAUGUAAGAUCGGUUCCGUUUGUGAGGAAAGAUGUUUUUGAUACUUCACGACCUAUUGGUACUGCAAAUUUAAUGGCAAAACCUGCAAUACCUCCAGUACUUUCCAAGCCUGUGCUGCCGCCUCUUGGACAGCUUCCUCCACCGACUGGCAUUGGACAAAAGGUUUCAUAUAUGGGUGAUGAACAGAAAACUGUUGAUGGCUUGUUACACUCACUGGGAUUGGGAAAAUAUGUGAUUAUUUUCAAGGCUGAGGAAGUGGAUAUGGCUGCAUUGAAGCAGAUGAGAGAAAAUGACCUCAAAGAACUGGGGAUUCCUAUGGGCCCAAGAAAAAAAAUUCUUCUUGCUCUUUUGCCUCCAUCCAAACGGCAACCUUGACAGUUACAGUUUCAAAGCUAAAUUAAUUGGAAUUCUCUGUUCAUUUAUGUGCUGGGGAGAAACUAUCGAGAACAUCUCGCAUGAAAUCAAUACUCUGCGGAGCUCAGAUUGGGUUUUGUACGUGGUCCAUGAAUCAGUUCUCAGAGUUUUUUCUUUUCAUCUGGAGAAUGACAUGAUUAUGGAACAUUAAAUAGGUCUGGGGAAAUUUGAGAUGUAGAUUUGUUUUUUUUUUUCCUUGAUUAUGGUUCAAUGGCUCUCACAUGGAAUUUGAAAUCAGUAUUUUUUUGUUUCCUUA